AUGUCUGACGAUUUGGAUUCAGAUGACAAUGACAAUGAUCAAUUUCAACAAAGAGAGAUAAGAGAAGCAGUGUCGUUUUUGAUCGAGAUAACUCCCGAUAUUUUGGCACCGCAAAACGACCUCAAUAAAACAUCACAAUUAUUUGAAAUACUAAACAGUAUCAAUGAUUUGAUACAAGACUUGGUUAUAAUUGCACGCAGCACCGGUAUUGGCAUCUACUUUUACAAUUGUGCGACUACUGCACCAUUGAAAGCAAUGAAGUCGCCCCCGGGGUUCAAUCGAUUAUUCCAUCUAAAUGUGUUAAAUUUAACCAAUAUGAAGGCUUUAAAUGAUUUAAUUCAAAAUCUUGAUCAACGUCCACUAGAUUCAAUAUUCAAAUAUGAGCCGAUGAAACAAGAUGUUGAACUAUGUACUGUAUUGAGCAAAAUGAUUGAUGAGUUUAUGCAAAAACGUGAGUUCAACAAACAACGAAUGAUUUGGAUUACAAGUAAUGAUCAUCCAUUUCAACAGGAUUCCACUUAUGAGUCCUUGUUUCGAACAAUUAACGAUUUUUAUGCAUAUGGUUUUUUCAUUGAACCGAUUUUCCUUGAACCCAAAUCACAUUCAUUUGAUCAUCUGCAAUACAAGUUGAUUUUCAUGAAUUCAAACUUUAUGAAACCAUCACAACAACAGCCAUCGCAAAAAUCACAAGGGGUCGUUCAAGACACACAAGUGGAUGAUGCAAAGCAGUUGAGUGGGUUUAGUGACAAUAGUCUCCUUUUCGAAAAACUGGUUCUAUCUAACCAAAUUCGUCAAAGUAUCUUGAAUAUCAAACACGUUCGACGCGUUCAAUUCACAUGCAACUUGAUUCUUAGUGACAAUGGCAAUCUAGGUGGAUCAGUUGGAUGCACCAUCAAGGGAUACAGCCUAUACAAUCAUGAAAAAAUCAAGAAACGUGAAUUGUUGCUUUAUACACGAGGUGAAUUGCUCAAACGUGUGUAUACUGAAGUUAAUUGGACUAGAGAGAAAGAUGGAACCAAGAUUAAUAUCAAGAGUGCUCAAGAAGGAGGGGGAUUAUCGUUGGCUGAUAGAAAAGCUGAAGCGGGAAUCAAAAAGGGGUUUGAAUUGGGUGGAGGUGCUGAUGUUUUGUUGUUGGAUCAAGAGCAAAUGAAGUUUUUAAAGAAUUAUACAUUUGAUCAUCGAGUUGAGAAGGAGAAACAAGGCAACGAAGAAGGAGAGGGUGAGGUAAAUGAUGACGAGGAAGAAGAAUCCAAGAGUCAUAAACCCCUUUUAUUUUCACCUCCGCCAUAUUUGAAAUUGAUUGGAUUUCGCGAUAUAUCUCACUUCAACUAUGCUUAUUCAUGCAGUGCACCAAUUUUUAUCACCGCUGAUAUCCAUAACGGACUAGGUGGCAGCUCACAUAGUUUAAAUGGGGGUUUCAGCAAUUCACGAUCGACAUUUGCAUCAUUAUAUCGAACUUGUAUCAAGUUACAACAGUAUGCCAUUGUAUUUGGAUGCACUAGGUCGAAUUCAAAACCACGGUUGUAUGCAAUGUAUCCUACAAGAGCUGAAGGAUCAACUAAAUUAGGACAAGAUAAAAGUGGCUCAGGGAGUGCUGAUACUGAUGCCACUGGUGGUAAAGAUUUCCCUCAAGGGUUCUUACUAAUUAAGUUGCCAUGGUUAGAAGAUGUACGAGCACUACCAGCAGCCUACAUCAAUGAAAUAAAUAAUGCUAACAUUGGAUCACAGGGAGAAACAGGUACCGUGAAACUGGAGUACACAUAUGAAGAGAAUAGUGGCUCGCCGUAUGAUGAGACUUUGGUGCAACAAAUGAAAUCAAUUGUAAACCAACACAAGUUGCAAGUAUACAAUCCUCAAGAUUAUCCCAAUCCAUCACUAAAUUUUUUUUACGAUGUCAUUAAACAUGAGUUGUUACAAAUGGAGUAUGAAAAGUAA